AUACCAUCGGUCCGUUAACAAAUAACACCAGAAUUCAGGGAGCCGAUCUACUCCGCGGGUGGGAUUGAAAUGAAUAUUUGCGAAACUCGAAGAGGUUAUUUGAAGUUUGGCGAAUGUGGAUUGUAUCAGGCUGGCUGCGUUUGGUAUAUAAACCAAAGAUCUUCGUAGGUUAACGAGACCGGCUAGGAAUCGUCAACAUGCGGCUCGUCUUAUACCUGAGCGUGUUCUGGCUCACUGUGGGGCACUGUGAGAAACUGUUUCAUAAUCGCGAUUACUCGGACAUCUCCUCAUCCUCACAACACCAGGCACGUCCCAUCCGGAACCAAGCUGCGGCUGAGGAAUACCUGCGUAAAUAUGGAUGGACAGAUCAAAUAAACUGGAAGAACAUUCAACGCCAGAAAACUGAGAACUCUGCAGGUGAACACCGAGCUCCGCAAGAUUGGUUGGAUCGGAUCAAGGAAGGCUCCUCAGCUUCCAAACAAUGGCAACAAUCUCAAGCUGAGUCCACGACAACCCCUGCUUACAUUGAAGCUUUAAAACAGUUCCAGAAGGCCAACGGGAUCCCGGUGACUGGAGAGCUAAACAAAGCCACCCAGGAAGCUAUGAACAAACCGCGAUGUGGGGUCCCCGAUAGAGUGAUGUCUGAAAGUACUUUGAUGGAUAAUGAGACACACGAUAUUCUCAACCAAACCUCUGAUCUCAACAAAACAACUGACACCAAUGGUGGUACCAACAUGAUUGGAACCUCCAAAGUUCGCAAGAAGCGAUUUUUAGAGAUCCUGCUUUCUCCCAGUCAGCGAGAGGUGCCUGUUGGCCCGGACUUGUUUAACGGAGCACCGAAAAUGGCCUUUUCUAAAGCAAAACUUACGUGGCGCCUGAUGGGAGAAGGCUAUAGCAACCAACUCUCUGUUGAAGAACAGAAACAUGUGCUCAGAAUGGCUUUUAGGAUGUGGAGUGAAGUAAUUCCUCUAGAGUUUGAAGAAGACAACCAUUCUCCUGCGUCAAUGGUUGACAUCAAACUUGGCUUUGGGACAGGUCGACAUAUGGGCUGCACACGAACAUUUGAUGGCAAUGGACAGGAAUUUGCUCAUGCUUGGCAAUUUGGUGACAUUCAUUUUGAUGAUGAUGACCAUUUUACAACACCAAACAAUGGGAAUGGAAUUAACCUACUGAAGGUGGCUGUCCAUGAAUUAGGUCAUGUACUGGGUUUACCUCAUAUCUACAGAAUGGGCUCAGUGAUGCAGCCCAGCUACAUUCCACAAGAUUUGAUGUUUGAGCUGGAUUGGCUUGACAGGAAAGCGAUUCAGCAACUCUAUGGUGUGUGCAAAAGUCCUUUCGACACAGUGUUUGACUGGAUUCAUAGCGAGAAGAAUGAAUAUGGGGAGACAAUAAUUCAAUUUAACACAUACUUCUUCAGAAAUAACUUGUAUUGGCUUUAUGAAAAUCGUAACAAUCGAACACGCUAUGGAGAUCCCAUUCCACUCUCAGUUGGUUGGCAAGGAAUCCCAAGUAGUGGCAUUGAUGCUUUUGUACAUAUAUGGACAUGGACAAGAGAUGCCAUCUAUUUCUUCAAAGGUACCCAAUUUUGGCGAUAUGACAAUGAAAAUGAUCAAGCAUACACGGAGGAUGCAGAGGGAAAGAAAUAUCCCAAAUUAAUUUCUGAAGGUUUUCCAGGUGUUCAAGGUCCAAUUGAUACUGCUUUUUACAAUAAAAUGGACCAAAAUAUAUAUUUCUUCAAAAGUUCAAAUGUGAUCACUUUCAAUGUGAAUACUAACCAGAUUAUAGGAUAUCCAAAAAGAAUUAUAGACGUAUUUCCACCAGUUGUACAGAAUGAUCAUCCCAUUGAAAAUCUGAAUGCUGUGUACUACUCAUACCACUACCAGUCCAUAUUUUUCUUCAAAAGUAAUUUAUUUUGGAAAGUGGUCAAUGACUGGGAUAAAAAGCAGAACCCAUUAUUGCCAAUAAAUGGUCUAAUGCCUAAGAAAAAUAUAUCAGAUCAGUGGUUUGAUAUUUGUGAUGUCCAUUAUUCAAUGUUGAAUAAGAAUUAAAAAUUGCUUCAAAUGUUUUCACAAAUUGGAAACCGGUGAAAGGUGGUUAAGGCAUACAUGACAAAGGUGGUUUUGCAUUGCAAAUGCACAAUUAGCCUGCUUUUUACAUUUAAUGCUACAAGAUUUUAUCCCAGGCAUGUGCAAAAUCAUGUGACUAGAAAUUAAAAGUAGAAACUAUCUGUAGUAAAG